AUGGCCACAAAUACUGCCACCCCUCAGGAGAAAAAACUGGAACAAUUGAAAGAAGAAGAGGGAGAAGAGGAAGAUGAAGAAGAAGAAAUUGAAGCAUUGUCACUUUGCGAUCUCCCCGUCAAUCUCAUCAACGAUGAGACUCAACCAAAACCAGAACCAGAUUCUCAGAUCAUAGAAACUCGAGAAGAUUUUGAUUUCCGCUUAUGGGGUACCCCUUUUUCCUCAGAAUCAGAAAUGUGUGCUGCUGAUGAAGUUUUCUUUCAAGGUCAGAUUCUCCCCUUGCGUCUCUCGUUAAAGCGAUGUCAAUCAAGGUCCGAGUCCUUGGGUCAUGGUUCUCUGAGAGAGUUUCGUAGCAAUAGCAGUAGAAGCAGCAGCAUAAGAAGCCAGAACUCAACUAGUAGCAGCUCUUCCACCUCCACCACAACCCCAGGAAUUUCCAAACCCAGACCUCAAAAUCAAAAUCAAAAUCAUUUCCAUGCUCAUCCAAGUCCCCAACCUCAAUUGAAGGUAACCAUUCCAAGACAAACAAGCUUCGGUAAUCAAGGUAGAAAAUCAUCUGCAUGGGACUUUUUCCGUUUGGGUGUGGUGCCUGCACCCGAGAUAGCAUUGCAAGAUCUCAAAGUCCGCAGCACCAACGGUAUUAACAAAAAUCACAUAGCUCGCAACAAUAGCAGUAACAACAGCAGCAACAAUAGUAAUAGCGCUGUAAAAAGGAGUUACAGCGCUAAGGGAAAUCACGUUUUGAAACAAUUUGUUGGUAUAGGUGGUGGCUUUUGGAGUGGUUGCAAAUGUUCAGUUGAAACAGUGCAAUCGAACAUUACCAUGAUUAAGGGUAGUACUAAAAGCGCCAACAAGACCGAAAGCGUAACGCACGCGAUGAAAGAAAAAGCGGUCGAAAGGAAGAAGCAGAAACAGAGACAAAAGCAAGGAAAGAGGACUAUGUCGCGUCGUCGAACGUUAGAAUGGAUAAAGGAGCUUUCGCAUGAUGCAAGCUAUGCCGAUGAUGAGACUUUGUUAUCUAAAUCUUAAACGCUUUAGCUCAGAGCAUGCUUUUAAAUUUUUUUUUUUAUUAUUGGGUUAGAUUGCCUUUAUAGCCGUUGGCUUUUGUUUUUGUUCUUAAAUUUCAUCAUUGCGAUCGAGAGUGGAGACUCUGUAAUCAAAAUUUCUUACCGUCGUGAGAAUGAUAGUUUUUCUUUUUCAUUUCUCUUUUUGACUGAUGGUGAUUGAGUGCAUGUUAAAGAUUGAAUGUGUUUCGUAAGAUA